AUGUCUCAGGAGUACAGAACGAGAUCGAGAUCGAGGUCUUUCAGUGAUCAAGCAGCCACACAGGAAGAAGAAAGACCAUUUGUUAAUCUUAAUAUGAAUGUAAACAUGAGGCCCAAGAAUCAGGUAGAAGUACAGAUAGGGCUCGUUGGUGAUGCACAAGUCGGUAAAACUUCAUUAAUGGUGAAAUAUGUUCAGAAUGUCUUUGAUGAAGAAUACACACAAACGCUUGGGGUGAAUUUCCUGAAAAGAAAAGUAAGUGUAAGAUCUACAGAUAUCGUUUUUUCAUUGAUGGACUUAGGUGGUCAAAGAGAAUUUAUAAAUAUGCUACCUAUUGCUUCUCUAGGCUCCUCGGCAAUUAUUUUUCUAUUCGACUUGACAAGAGCCGAAACUUUAAGCUCAAUAAAAGAAUGGUUCAGACAGGCGCAUGGUUUGAACGAUACUGCUAUCCCUAUACUAGUAGGCACUAAAUAUGAUCUAUUUGUAGAUCUAGAUCCGGAUUAUCAAGAACAAAUGUCGCGAACGAGUAUGGAAUAUGCUCAGGUAAUGGAUGCACCACUUAUUUUUUGCUCUACUGCAAAGUCAAUUAAUGUUCAAAAGAUUUUUAAAGUCGCGCUGGCAAAAAUCUUCAGCCUUACAUUAACCAUACAAGAGAUUAACGAGGUUGGGGAUCCGCUAUUGAUUUAUAAAACAUUAGGUACUGCCAAAAGAGAUCAGGAUAAGACCGAUAAUAUAAAAAAUUCAAACACAAAUGUUACCACAGAAAGCCGAAGAAAAAGCCCUACAUAUACGCAAUAG